CGUACUUUGAUAUUUACAAAUGGCCGUAAAAUUACAUUUUGAAUUUUUUAAUUUUUAAAUAAAAAAAUAUAAAACAACAACAAUGGGUGUUAAAGAAUUAUGGAGACUUAUUGAGCCUAGUCAUGAAAAGGUUGAUUUUGACAAAUUAUCUGGUAAAAAAUUUGCCAUAGAUUUAAGUGGAUGGGUUGUCGAAAGUCAAAAGGUUCAUCAAGCUGUCAAAGAACAACCAAAAAUGUAUCUUCGCAACUUGUUUUUUCGAACAUCAAAAUUACUAAUGUCAGGAGUACUACCUGUGUUUGUACUUGAAGGUAAAGUACCAGAAUUAAAACAAGCAGUUAUGAAUGAGAGACAAGCAACUCGUCAAGGAAGUGAUAAAGCACCAAAAAAAAAUGUUGGUCGUUCAAGAUUUAAUAGAGUAUUAUCUGAAUGUCAAAAAAUGUUAAAACUCAUGGGCUUAACUUGUAUCAAAGCACCAGGUGAAGCUGAAGCAAUGUGUGCUUAUCUUGACGAAGACAAUUUGGUCGAUGGCUGUAUUACUCAAGAUGGUGAUUGCUUUUUGUAUGGAGCACGAAGAGUCUACAGAGAGUACAGUGCAACUGAAAAUGAAGCACAAAAAUUUACAAUUGAAAAAAUAGAACAAAUAUAUAAAUUAAAUCGUGAAAAAAUGAUUGCAAUUGCACUUGUUUGUGGCUGUGAUUAUACAAAAGGUGUACCGAAAGCUGGAAUACAAAGUGCAUUAGAAUUUUUUGAUAAUUAUGAUGACGAAAAUAUAUUGGAUGAAAUGAAAAAAUGGAAAAAUAAUCGUGUAGUUGGAAAAAAAGGAAAAAAAGAUUUAAAAACAUAUUGUCAAGAGAUUGAAGAUUUUCCAAGUCAAGAUGUCAUUGAUGAAUUUUUAGAACGUAAAUGUCAAAUGCCACGUAAAAUUGAUGAAUGGUCAUCUCCAAAUGGACCAGAAUUAAUUCAAUUUUUGUCAAAUAAUUUAAAUUGGAAAUUUGAUGAGACAUUAUCAAAAGUUUUAAAAAUAAUUGCUAGAUGGCAAAUUUUAAAUCCAGAUAAAUUAAAUACUGGUUUUUUAAUACCAGAUAAAAUUGAAAAAACAAGAACACUUAAAUCAAUACCAAUAUAUGAAAUAUCAUGGAAUUAUUUAGAUAAAAAUGAUUAUAAAAAAAUUUGUUUAACUGAUGAAGAUGAAAAAAUACUUGACAAUGAAAUUAUAACACAAGAACCACAAUCAUCAGUUAUGAUUAAUUAUUCAAGUCUAGUUGUUUCAUUUGAAGAAGAUAAAAGAAAAAAAGCUGAAGAAAAAAAUGCAGCUAAAAAAGGAAAAAAAAAGAAAAAAACAACAACUCAAGAAUCAAAUGAGACUAGUCCUAUUAAAAAUACAAAAAAACCACGUAAAAAACCAGAUCAAGGAUUAAAAAGAAUUGAUGAAAUAUUUACAAAUAAAAAGCCAACAACAAAUAAUAAAAAUAAAAAAAUUAACGAAAUUAUUGAUAAACCAAAUGACAAGCCAAGUCCAAUUAAAAAAAGCAAACAACGUAGAACAAAAUUAAAUGAAACAGUUGAUGUAAUUAUUGCAAAUUUUGAUGCUGAUAAUGAUUUUGAUACAGAUGUUGAUUUGGAUGAAUCAGACAUGUCUUCAGACAAUGAAAGUAUCAUUGAUUCAGAUGUAAUAAAUGUUGAUAUUGUUAGUCCAGUUAAAAAAAUUCAAAAACUUCAAACAAUUGAUGUUAUUGAUCUUUCUAUUGAUGACAUUCCAUACGUGCCAUUGAGUGAGAGAAUUUUAUUGUAAAUAAUUUUUAUACAUAUUUAUUUAUUUUUUUAUUUCUAAGUAGUCAAAAAAAUAAGUCUUGUUUUUUUAAUAACAAACACAAUGAUAUACCUUUUUUUUUAUUUAAAAAUUAAAAAAAAUAAUACAAAAUAAAAUUUAACAUAAAAAAUAAAUUCAAUUGUAUUUUGUACUUUUUUAAAAUAAUAUUAAUUUGUGCACAGUUGUACAAUAUACUCUUUAAAUUAUUCAUAUAAUUAUCAUUUAAUUUUCGACAUACACAUUGUGUUUUUAAUUGAACAAAACAAAUAAACUUUGAUUGUUAAUAUUACAUGCUAUUUUUCAUUGUAUGUCUUAUUGACCCUAAUCAUAAUUAAAUUUAUGAUAAUAGGCCUUUAAUAAAUAUUUUGUUAAAACUUGAAAUUAACAUCAACAAAGUUAAUUAAUAUAUAUAUAUAUUUUUUUUUUAAUUUUAAUAAUAAAUAUUAUACUCAACUCUAGUAUCAACAGAACAUGAUAAAUUACCAAUUUAUUAAUUUUUCUUUUUAUCUUAAAUAAUAUUUAAUUAGAAUAAAUUCAGACUAAACUAAACAAUUCUCAAAGGCCGAAUCAAUUAGGCAAUUAUAUUACUUUUUUUUCAUAAUAAUAAAAACGAUUUUUUUUACUUAGUAACUACUUGAAAUUUAUGUAUAAACCCUGCCAAUAGUAUCAUUAUUUUUUUUUUUUCUUUUAAAUUAUUAUUUUCUUUUAAUAAUAAUAUAAUCAUUUUUAUUAUUGCAAAUAUUGUUUUUUUUUGUUUUUAUCCCAAGCAAUACAAAUUCUUAACUUUACAUUAAAAUUUUUUAAACCCUUUAUUUCCUUUUUUUCAUUAUAUAAACAUUUUAAGACUUUUAAAAACAUUGGUAUUAUUUUUUUCCUUUUUUUUUUUGGUUUUCAUUCAAGUAAAUUUAACUUAUUGAUGGUAAAUAAUAUUAGUAUUAUUAUUUUCAUGCAUCACAUUAUUA